CCACCACUUUUGGUCAAGCUUACGUCAUAUUCGUGUAGCAUCGGAAUGAAUCGGAUGUACUCGGUGAUUCGCAAUGGCUGCGUUCGCUCGGUUCGCUGUUUAUGUCGAGUAAUUCGUUUGUGAUUAUUACAGUGUACGCAAUGACGUGUAAUGUGAAAGGGUGUGGGAACUAUCUGGCAAAGACCAGAAAGAUCGAAGGAAAUAAAAUAAAAUAUUUUUCCUUCCCAAAGGAUCCAGCACUGUAUAAUAAGUGGCGUCAAGCAUGCGGAAAAGAAAAUAUUUUACCAAAAAAUGCUAGGAUAUGUUCGAAGCAUUUUGCUGAUGAAGCUUUUACGAAGCCCUUACGAGAACAUCUACUAGGUUAUUCACCUAUACGAACUAGGAAGAUACAUCCUGAUGCUAUCCCGACGUUGCAUCUCCAUGCAGUACCUCCACUAACAUCAAACGAAAAUGUGUUAGCUGAAACAAUGCCUUUGCCUGUAUCAAAUGAAGUUUCGAUGGAUGUUGAACAGACACCAGCAUCGUCCAGUAUAGAAGAACAGACACCAGCAUCGUCCAGUACAGAAGAACAGACACCAGCAUCGUCCAGUACAGAAGCUAUCAUGUUACAAAUACGUCGUCUAGAAGCCCAGGUAGCCGCACUGAAAAAAGACGAUAAAGAACUCAUGGAACAAAAAAUGACGGAGUUAUUGGGAAAAAUGUUUAGUCCAGGACAAAUACGGAUGAUAUUGAAUCCUUCAUUGCGGAAAAUAAAGUGGUCUUCUGAAGAUAUCGCAAAUCACAGGCAAAAAAGAAGAAAGAUGUCAAAAUUUACUAAUAAAAAACCUGUAUAUUAAAUAUUUGCAUUUAUUGUUAUUUGAUCUUUUAUCUGCAUCUUUCCUCUGCAUAUAUAGUUCUUUAUGUCGUACGCCACAAUAUAUUUUUGUUUUGCGUCUCA